AUUGGGUGGAGGAUAACCAAGCGGUAGACGUGGUUCGAGUCGACUAUUAUCCUGUUUUGGUUCCCGUUUUACAAAUAAUAAAAUAUGGGUCUCUUAUCAAUUUUGAGGAAAUUACGCUCAAAUCCAGACAAAGAAUUGCGUCUGUUACUAUUGGGCUUAGACAAUGCAGGAAAAACGACAAUAUUAAGAUCUUUAGCGAGCGAAGAUAUUACACAGGUAACGCCUACGCAAGGCUUCAACAUAAAAAGCGUGCAGAGCGAAGGCUUCAAAUUGAACGUGUGGGACAUAGGCGGUGCUCGAAAAAUUCGUCCCUACUGGCGAAACUAUUUUGAAAAUACAGAUGUUCUGAUAUACGUUGUGGACAGCGCGGACGUAAAGAGACUAGAGGAAACGGGUCAAGAGUUAUCGGAACUUUUGUUGGAGGAGAAGCUGCGAGGUGUUCCGUUGUUGGUAUAUGCGAACAAACAAGAUCUUGGCCAGGCUGUAACUGCGGCUGAAAUCGCAGAAGGACUCGGGUUGCAUAAUAUCAAGGAUCGCGAUUGGCAAAUACAAUCUUGUAUCGCGACUGAAGGAAAAGGCGUCAAGGAGGGCCUCGAAUGGGCAUGCAAAAACAUUAAGAGGAAAUAAUGGUGAAGCAAGAAAGAGGAGAAUGAUCAGCCUAUGAUGUGUCUUGUACA